CUAAUAAUUAAGGGAAAUGACAAAAAUAGCAUUGGUGGUGGUAAUAUCAUUAGUGGUGGCUCUGCCAUGGCGUUGGGCCGUGGGUCAGGACGAUCCCUGGAAGAGUCUGGCAGAUCAGGCGGCAGCGCAGGGCAUCUCUCAACAGUCCAUAGAUGAUGCUCAGGCUGCUCUUCGCGGCGGUGGCGGUGAUCCCGAAUCAUCCGUCUGGGCUAGCUGGAUUAAAGGCAACGCCGACAACUUGGGAUACACAGAUGAAAACGCACCCACGGCGUCAGCAGGCGGAGGAUCUUCUUCGGAUGAGCCAGAUGCAGAGGACUUUGCAGACAUAGGUGUGGAUGAAUCUUCACAGGCAGACGCAGAAUCUCCGGCGGGAGAAUCACCUACACAUUCACCCUCAUCUGCACCCGAAUCUCAAGCACCCGCGGCGGCAACACCCCAGGCCCAGGCACCGGCAGCUGACACCCCCGAGGCAAACGCCCCUGCUGCGGCCACACCCCAGGCACAAUCACCCGCCGCUGCCACACCGGAGGCAUACUCUCCUGGAGCACCAGCACCCAGCGCAGCCACACCGGAGGCAUACUCUCCCGGAGCACCCGCACCGGAGGCAUACUCUGUGGGAGCACCCGCACCAAGCGCAGCCACGCCAGAGGCGUACUCUCCAGGAACACCCGCACCAAGCGCAGCCACACCGGAGGCCGAAACAGCCAGCGGAGCUGCACCUGAGGCACAAACACCAGGCGCCGACGCACCGGGGGCAUAUGCAAGCGACGCAGCGACACCCGCGGCACAAGCAACCGCACCCACGUCGGAGGCUGAAGCACCAGGGGCGGCCAGCCCCACGGCAGAGGCACCCCUGCAGGCCGCAGUGCCUGGCGCAGCCACAUCUCCAGCACAAGCUCCGGGAGCGUCAAGUCCAGAAGCAGCAUAAGGCGUGUUGACGUAUUCAAACAAUAUGUAUAUAGAUAUGCGGAC